UGAAAUCACUUUAAAGUGGCAGGGUUUUUGUGAUAUUUUAUGACAACUGUCACAUACCGUUAUUCACUUUGCAAAACAGAUUAAUUUUCACAAUUAAAAAAAUGAUAUGAUGUUUGACGUUUCUAUAGGAUGUUAAACUUUGAGUUUUGUAGUUCUGAUUGAAGCGCUAUUGAAAGUUCAGAAAAAAUCUCAGACUGAUGGAUAGAACAAAUGAAUUUCGCCGUAUUGAAAAUGGAAUUACACGAAUGGCGGUAUUGAUGAUAUCUGUAUUGUUGCUUUGUGAAGUUGAAGGAAGAGACAAUGAUGCUGAACGUCAGACUGAGUGCCGAAAGUUUACAGCUGAUAAAGAAAUUCAGAAUCUCAUAGCGUCUGGUCGAAGAGCAGCAGAGCCAUGUCCUUGCAUUGAACAGAAAAUCAUACUUGAUAAAACUUUUGAGAAAACUGUACAUUGUUACAGACAGUGGUUCUUUCAGGAGGGCGCAAAACAAAUGUGUUGCUACAGUGAAAAUGGUAACCUGAUAACUAAAGGUUCAUCUGCUGGAUAUCUUCUACUUGAGAGCAGGGAGGAAGUAAUCGGAAGAGCUCAUAAAGACUGUUGUGGAAACGAUUCAACUACAUAUAAACAUUCCUGCCAAUCAUUCUAUGAAAUCAAUUCACCAGACAAUUGUAGUACAUAUCAUCCACCGUCAGCAGUUACAUCUUCGGGUGAUCCUAGGAUUGAAGCAAUAGAUGGAAAUAACUACUAUGAUUUCAAUGGUCAUGGAGAAUACGUAUUUCUCACUGAUAACACUAAUUUUGAGAUACAAGCCAGGACGGGGUACGUCGUGAAAGGAAACAAUGAUUCAACGAUGUUUACAGCUUUCGCGUUAUCUGAUAAACAAAAUGGCGAACAGAUAGAACUACACUAUGAUAGAGGUGCAAAUGAUAUACGCUUCUACCGAAACGGCAAAUAUAAUGCAAUUUGUAACGCAUCGUCUCCAAAAGGAAACGGGAGACUAUAUCCCUGUGAAAUGCCUAUACGAUAUAGCUGUCAAGUUCUAGCGGGCGGUGGACAAAUUAUUGUCUCUAAAUGUGGUUUUGGUGACUAUGCAAAACAGAUAACUUUCGGAACGGAUAAUUUUAUGAGUAUACAUAUGUCAAUAAAAAAAGUCAGUACGAAAAACGUAACUGGGCUUGCAGGACACCAAGAGGACGGUUUCUACGUAAUGCGAAAUAAGUCACGAGUAGCUGUAAAUGCAUCUGCCUCUAAGUUGUUUGAUUUUGCGGAAUCGUGGUCUCUACGAAACGAGUCAGAAAGUCUGUUCAAUUAUAAUGACACCGGUGGAAAUUUCACGUUUUAUAACAAACACCAUACUCGUCCGAAAUUCCUUGAAGAUUUGUUGGGAAACCUAACAGCACUGUUCGGGAACUUUACAGACGAAAAUAUCACACUUUUCAACAGCACAUGCAGGAUUUACUGGAACAAUGAACCUAACGAGCAGUGUUUGCUCACUAUAGCAAGGACAGGGGAUUAUAGUCUUGGAGUAGCAGUAAUGGCAGAGCUUAAUGCAACACAUCGCCAGUGGGAGAUAUUGAACAACAUUGCUCCAAAAUUUAAAAGCGGCGAAGUCAAAGGCAUAACAGUAAUACAUGAUCAAAUAUGGGAAUUCAAUUUCACAGAACAUGUUAAAGUAGGAACACAGAAUGAUCUAAAUUACACAGUCCAUACAGAAAUUCCGAAGGAGGAAUAUAAUCUCACGUCAGAUGGUACGUUUACGUGGCUUGUAGGCACAGGUUUAAGAGAAAAGGAAGCAAGUAUUACCUUUAUAGCAAAGGACAGAUUCAAUAGCACUGCAAGUAAACAAAUCAUGAUUACCUAUUGUGGCUGUGAAACUGCUGAUGAAUGUGAUUUCAACGUGACCCAAGAAGCAAAUACAAAUAGUUCAGUCGGUUUUACCAGGGCAAACUGCGACUGUCCUGAAUAUUAUACUGGUGAUUUCUGUGAGAUACGGAACGAUCCCUGCGCAAAUAUAAGUUGUUUUGACCAGAGCGCAUGUAAUGGAAAUAUUUCAAAACAAGAAGUCGGUGAUUCCUGGCCAUGUGCUAAAUGCAACGCAGGAACAAAAAGCACGGGAUUUAUCGGCGGAAAACAAACGUGUUCAGAUGUGAAUGAAUGCUUGCUCGAUUCCAAUGGAUGUAAACAACACUGUAAAAACACAAAUGGUUCUUACUUUUGUGAAUGCAAUUCUGGAUACGAGUUGGAAAGUGACGGACAUAGCUGUAAAGACAUAGAUGAAUGCACUAGACACACACAUUUCUGUGGCAAUAAAUUAAAUGAACUUUGCGUAAAUACUGCUGGUAGCGCCACUUGUCAAUGUGCACCUGGAUACAACAGAAAGAUGAAAAAUAGUUCUUGUACGGAAGUAGACAUAGAUGAAUGCACUAGACACACACAUUCCUGUGGCAAGAAUGAACUUUGCGUAAAUACUAAGGGUAACGCCAACUGUCAAUGUGCACCUGGAUACAACAGAAAGAUGAAAAAUGAUUCUUGUACGAAAAUAGGUAAUGUAAUUGUUUUCAGUUGCUGCAGGUGAUAUCGUUGAUAUAAUGGAUUGAAAGCAGUCAAAAUAUUAUUGUUUUAUUCAGAUAUAUAUGUAAUGUUUAGGUAGUAGGUAUUCUAUCUAAUUUCGGUCCCCGACAAUAUUCGUAACGAUAAAACUUUGUGAUUUUGUAUGUUAAUUCUUUAGAAAAUUGAAACAGUUGUAAAAUAUUGUUGUCAGUU